CAUCGUUCAUGCCAACCAAGCAGCGACCGUUGUCCGCAGGCGGCAGUCGCCCUAGCAGCACGCGCAGCCACGGCUCGCCGCGCGAGCGCCGCCUCUCGUCCGUCGCUUAUGCGUCGGCGUGGCCCACGACGUUUCACGAAGGUGUCACCGUCCGCGCAUACUCGCCCGACUUUCGCGCACUCCUUCGCCGAUCGCCGCAGCUUCCCAAUGAAUCGUCGCCGCUGCUCCUUACGCCACGGGACGUUGGCGACUGCAGUAGCUUUUGGGGUGCGACGCUCAACGUCAUCAACGUGCUCAUGGGCGUCGGCGUGCUCUCGCUACCCUACUCGAUGCGCGUCGCGGGGCUCACGCUCGGCCUUGGUCUUUUACUUGGCAUGGGCAUUAUUGCCAAUCUGACGGGCCACCUCCUCGGCGCGUGCUUGGCGUCGGACGCACGCCUUCGUUCGUACCCGGACAUUGUCAACGCUGCGUUUGGUCUAUGGGGCCGUCGCGUCGUGUCGAUGAUCUGCUUUGUCGAGCUCUUCAUUGCGUGCACCAUGUUUCUCAUUCUCGUCACCGACAGCCUGCACAUGCUCUUUCCGGCCAUGGCGCCGUCGGCGCUCUUGGUGAUCGUCUGUGCAUGCAUUUUGCCGUCGACGUGGCUGCUCAACUUGGCCGUCCUCUCGACCGCAAGCCUCCUCGGCGUGCUCUCGUCGCUUGCGCUCCUCCUCCUUCUGCUCAACGUCGGCCUCACGACGCCUCCUGGCGAGCUCGGCAGUAUCUACCGCGACGCGCCAACGCGCUGGGUUGCCGACGACGACGCGUGGGCGCUGAGCAUUGGGCUCACCCUCGUCGGGUUUGCUGGCCACGCCGUCUUUCCGUCCAUUUACUCGACGAUGGACGACCCAGCGCAGUACAGCAGCGUUCUCAACGUCGCGUACACUGUGAUUGGCGCCGUCUACGCAGCUGUCGCCGUUGCGGGCUACGUCAUGUACGGCGAUGCCACCGAGAAAGAGGUUGAGCGCUCUGUGUCACUGACAUAAGUCUCGAAGACGACCGUAGAUUACGCUGAGUCUCUUGACGCACAACCCGGGCGGCGCGGCGAACGCCGUCAUGUGGAUGAUCGCGCUGAACCCGUGCACCAAGUUUGCCAUCGUACUGCACCCUAUCGCACUCUCGCUCGAAGAGCUUCUCGCGCCGUUAACGCACGCGGUGUCGCCACGAACGCGGUAUCUCCAGCGCUGCAGUGUUCGCACGGCGUUGGCGCUCUGCAUCGCCAUUACCGCGCUCCUGGUCCCCAACUUUGUCCAGAUGACGUCGCUUCUAGGGGCGGUGUUUGCGAUGGCCGUCGUCGUCGUCAUUCCGUGCGCUUGCUACCUCAAGCUCUUUUACAGCAUGCUGCACUGGAGCUCGGUGCUGGGUCUUCUGAGCCUCGUCGCGAUCAGCUGUGCACUCGGAUUCGUCGGCGCCUUGGCCGCUGGACGGCACCCGUCGACGAGCUAAGCGAACCUUCCGCUACCUCGACUACGGUGUUGACAGCGCCAAAGACAAACCCAUUUUCUGGCCUCUGGCUGGAGCCAACCAAAGAGCGAAGCUGUUCCCUUCUCAUAAGCGCAUCUAGUAGUUGAUAUCUGGAGG